AUGGAAGCCUCUAACCUCUCAGCUUCCACCACCGGCGUCGCCCUUCUCCUGGGACUGGAGAUCUGCAGCGGUAGCCCAAGCCCCGGCGGGGUCGUUGGAUCGACUCCAGGUGGCGCCGUCCUGCCUGGCCGGGAGCCUCCCUUCUCCGUCUUCACGGUGCUGGUGGUGUCGCUCCUGGUAUUGCUGAUCGCUGCCACUUUCUUGUGGAAUCUGCUGGUACUGGUCACCAUCUUACGCGUCCGUGCCUUCCAUCGUGUGCCGCAUAACUUGGUGGCCUCGACGGCCAUAUCGGACGUACUAGUGGCAGCCCUGGUCAUGCCACUGAGCCUGGUGAGCGAGCUGUCGGCUGGACGACGUUGGCAGCUGGGCAGGAGUCUGUGCCACGUGUGGAUCUCCUUCGACGUACUGUGCUGCACUGCCAGCAUCUGGAACGUGGCAGCCAUCGCCCUGGACCGCUACUGGACCAUUACGCGGCACCUGCAGUACACGCUGCGCACCCGCCGGCGUGCCGCCACGCUCAUGAUUGCGCUCACUUGGGCGCUGUCGGCUCUCAUCGCUCUCGCCCCGCUGCUGUUUGGUUGGGGCGAGGCGUAUGACGCUGGGCUUCAGCGCUGCCAGGUGAGCCAAGAACCCUCCUACGCCGUGUUCUCCACUUGUGGCGCCUUUUACCUGCCCCUUGGCGUGGUGCUAUUUGUCUACUGGAAGAUCUACAAGGCGGCUAAGUUUCGCUUCGGCCGCCGCCGGGCUGUGCUGCCGUUGCCCGCCACCAUGCAGGUGAGGGACCAGCUGUGGUGUUGGAUUAUUGGGAGAGUGGAAGGGGGAAAGAGAAACAAAGAGGAUGUAGACAAGCAUGGACAUCAGAUAGUAUCAUGUUUUUUGGGUUUCUUACUUAUCCUCAUACCUCCCUUGUGUGCUCUUGCC